AGCUGCGCAACGACAUCUACCGAUCCGACAAUUGUCGAUAACCAUAUACGGAAUAGUACCCUUGCUUUCGUAAUAAGUGGCGGCGCUGGCGUGUUAAGCAGUGGUUGUCUCUCUUCUGAAAUUGGGACGCGUUCCGCAAUCUACAAAAAAUCGGUGCACAAACCUUUCAGACCACGAGUAUAACGUUUUUUAGAUUGAGAAUCAGAAAGACGUUCAAAUACGCGUCCAGAAUACGGUACCAUUAUCUUCAAAAGAACUUCAAAAGUUGAUCAAGACUUAGGAAAUAGGAUCCAAUCACAGGUUCAAGAACUCAUUGAGCGGGUAAUAGUACAGAAUGCACGUAUUGCCUAGCAACCGCUUGACAUUACAUUGACAUGCAAUUCUGAGUAUCACCGCGAAAGUAAUCGUACACGUUGACAGUUGGAGAGAUGAAGAAGCUGUCACGAUGACAGACGAAGUACGACCAGAAGUGAUAAAGAAGACGCAAGAUGUGCUUGGGAAAUACUUUAAAAAACCACCGUUAACCGAGAAAUUACUCCGCAAACCACCCUUUCGCUUCCUCCACGACAUUAUAUCGACUAUUAUUGCUCAGACGGGUUUUUUGGAAGGAUUAUUUACUGAAGAAGAGCUGAAUUCUGAUAACAUAAAGGACAAGGAGGCAAAGCUUGCCUUCUUGACAAAGCUCAUUGAUGUUGUCAAGUUAAUUUCGGCCGCAAAUUUAACAGUCAGGGCCAGUAAAAUUAUCUCCGGCCAAGAGCCAACGAAGACAAAUGAAUUACUGCAAGCUAUCGGGAAAGCUCUAGACAAGAAAGUCAGCAGUACAGAGGCGAUCGAGCAUUACAAGAAGAGCUUAGAGAAGAAAGCAAAAACAGGAUCAAAGUUAAGAUCCACGACUAAAGAGGAAAGUCAGAAGAAACAUGCAGCAAGACAGUCCUCGCAAACAAGAAAGUCAUCGGAGAAAGACAAAAUCUCGGCAGAGCAAAGGAAAAAAUCUUCUUCCAGUACGGGGAAAGUAGCAUCGGGUGGAGCAAAACGCAUCAACGACAAGACUGAUGAAAAAGUGUCGAGAGAAACGAAGGAGAGCAACUCGAAGAAUGUUGACGCAAUAGAUAUUCCAGUGGCUGAGCCGGUUGAACGAAAAGUUUCCGCUUCAGCGCAAAGGAGGAAAUCUUCCUCGUCCGCCAAAUCGAAGCAGAAUGUCACAGCAUCAGUGGUUGCGGCCGAAUCGACAGAAGAGCAGACGCUACAUAGAAGUUCUUCGAGCAGAAUAAGACACUCGGCACAGGCAAGCGGUUCGCGGGAGAAAGUGGGAAAUUUGCCUGCCGAGUCUCUCCACGAAGAGGAAGAUAAAUCACCGACGAACAACCAUAUCAAUGAAAAUAAGGAAAAUGGGAUAUCAGAAGAGGACAAAGUUUCGCAGCAAAGUGCUGAGAAAAACGAUCAAUCGACAUCAGAACUCGUGGGAUCUCAAGUUGAAACCACUGAAACGACCGUGUUGCAACAAUUGAAUACGAGGCCUAAAACUUCUCUAAGACCGCCCAGCGCGAGACCUAUCAGCGCCAGGCCGGCGGCACCUAGGAUGAGGGCGAAAGCAGAAUUGAUCGUCAACGAGGAGAUACAAACACCACUGGGUAAUAUCAGCGUCAUCGUAGAAAGUUCCGACCUGAAAGACGACGAUGAUGACGCUGAAGAUAUGGUGGUGAUGGAGACCAAGGGAAGUAACGGUGAUUUCCUGGAGAAUGGAGACUACAAAAUAGACAAUCAAUUGAUGCAGGAACACGGACAUCUCGUGGCGCAAAUCUUAGAGACUCAGAGGGAGUUAGUCAAUACCGACAAUGUUGACGUAAUACCGAAAAAAGUGGAUAUCGCUUGGGAAUCAGGCUCAAAACGUGAUCGAGAAGCCGCGGCCAGGGAAGUUGACAAAUUAAGGGGGACUAUACAGACGCUAACGCGUACAACAAAUCCUCUAGGGAAACUUUUAGAUUACGUACAAGAAGAUGUAGAAAUGAUGGAAAAAGAAUUAUCAGAUUGGAAAAGCCAAUAUCGUCAGCUGAGCGACGAACUAGAAAGAGAACAAAAAGAAACGGAAGAAAUGAUAGAGCCUAUGAAAGAAACAUUAAAGGAAAUCGAUAGUAAUAUGAAAACUCAAUUAGAUAAAAUAUGCCAGGUAAAAUCGCAAAUUAUCAAAAACGACCAGAAAAUUCAACGACUACUAAACGGUCAUUUAUAAUAUGUCAUUUAUAACAUGUAGUCAGUAGCUACAUGUUAGGAUGUAAAUACUUUUUGCGUUUCUUAAAAGAAAAUUUCACGUGUAAAGAAUAUUUUACAUGCAAAAUAUAUUUAUGUUAU